GUCACGGCUGCAGGAAGUUCCCUCCCGCAGCACUAAUAGCUCUCUGCUGGCUGUCAAACACUGAGUCCUGGCGGAUAUCAGCUCAAAACAGCCGACAGCAAACCCCAGCAUCGCGCAGGAUAAUGGGAUGAAAUACAUUUGGAAUCUGAGCAUCGAGGAUCUGUGUUUUAGCAAGAUUAAAGGGCAAAAUAUGAACGCUAUAUACUAGCCAACUGCUCAUGACACAUUAACAACACAGCAGUGUGUUUGGUCGUGCAUAAGAGCUCCAGUAUGCAUGACGCAUACGAGCCAGUUCCUAUCCUGGAGAAAUUACCCCUCCAGAUUGACUGUCUGGCGGCCUGGGAUGAUUGGCUGCUUGUGGGGACCAAACCAGGCCAUCUCCUUCUGUACAGGAUCAAGAAAGAUGCAGGUACAAACAGGUUUGAAGUUACAUUAGAGAAAUCCAAUAAGAACUUCUCAAAGAAGAUUCAGCAGCUUUUUGUGGUGUCACAGUACAAGAUUUUGAUUAGUUUGUUGGAAAAUAACAUCCACGUUCACGACCUGCUCACGUUCCAGCAGAUAACUGUUGUGUCCAAAGCCAGAGGAGCCACACUGUUUGCCUGUGACCUGCAGCAGUCUAGCUCAGGUGAGGCCAAACUGCGCAUGUGUGUUGCAGUCAAGAGGAAAAUUCAGCUGUAUUACUGGAAGGACAGAGAAUUCCAUGAAUUACAGGGGGAUUUCGCCGCUCCAGACAUUCCCAAGUCCAUGGCUUGGUGUGAGAACUCCAUAUGUGUGGGUUUCAAACGAGACUACUAUCUGAUCCGGAUGGACGGACGUGGCUCAGUCAAAGAACUGUUCCCCACAGGGAAACAGCUGGAACCAUUGGUGGCCCCAUUGGCUGAUGGGAAGGUCGCAGUGGGUCAGGAUGACCUCACGGUUGUUUUGAACGAAGAAGGCGUCUGCACUCAGAAAUGUGCCCUUAACUGGACGGACAUUCCUGUUGCAAUGGAGCACCAGCCACCGUACAUCAUCGCAGUGCUGUCACGCUAUGUGGAGAUCCGCACACUUGAGCCCAGACUGCUGGUGCAGAGCGUAGAACUGCAGAGACCGCGCUUCAUCACCUCUGCUGGAUCAAAUGUUGUGUAUGUCGCUAGCAAUCACUUUGUUUGGCGUCUGGUGCCCAUCUCUAUAGCCAGCCAGAUACGACAGCUGCUACAGGACAAACAGUUUGAACUGGCACUUCAGCUAGCAAAAAUGAAGGAUGAUUCAGAUGCAGACAAGAGACAACAGAUCCAUCACAUUCAGAACCUGUUUGCCUUCAACUUGUUCUGUCAGAAACGCUUUGACGACUCCAUGCAGGUGUUUGCAAAGUUAGGCACAGAUCCCACUCAUGUUAUUGGACUGUAUCCAGACCUGCUCCCCUCUGACUACCGCAAACAGCUGCACUACCCCAACCCUCUGCCUGUGCUGUCUGGAGCCGAGCUGGAGAAAGCCCACCUGGCCCUCAUAGACUACCUAACACAGAAACGCAGUCAUUUAGUGAAGCAGCUGAAUGACUCGGACCCCUUCACCACCUCCCCUCUCAUGGAGGGGACCCCCACCAUCAAGAGCCGCAAGAAGCUCCUUCAGAUCAUCGACACCACUCUGCUGAAAUGUUACCUCCACACCAAUGUAGCCUUAGUGUCGCCUCUCCUGCGGCUGGAGAACAACCACUGUCACAUAGAGGAGAGCGAGUAUGUGCUGAAGAAAGCACACAAAUACAGCGAACUCAUCAUCCUCUAUGAGAAAAAAGGCCUUCAUCAGAAAGCUCUGCAGGUUCUGCUGGAUCAGUCCACCAAAGCCAACUCUCCUCUGAAGGGGCAUGAGAGGACUGUACAGUAUCUUCAGAGACUGGGUGUGGAGAACCUGGGCAUCAUAUUUGAGUUUUCGCCGUGGGUUCUGAAGAUUUGUCCAGAGGAUGGACUGAAGAUCUUCACUGAGGACCUGACGGAGGUGGAGACUCUGCCCAGGGAUAAGGUGUUGAACUUCCUGAAGGAGGGCUUCCAGGAGCUGGCCAUCCCGUACCUGGAGCACAUCAUUCACCUGUGGGACGAGACACGGCCCGAGUUCCACAAUGUUCUGAUCCAGCUCUACCUGGAGAAGGUGCAAGGCCUCAUGAAAGUGUACCUCAACUCACUGCCUGAAGGUGUUCCAGCUGUAGCUGCAGGAAAGGAGGCGGGAGAGCUGGGAGAGUACAGGAGCAAGCUUCUGUCGUUUCUGGAAGUGUCCAGCAGCUAUGAGCCAGAGCGACUCAUCAGUGAUUUCCCAUUUGAUGGUCUGUUGGAGGAGAGGGCUCUUCUCCUGGGUCGUAUGGGGAAACAUGAGCAGGCUCUUUUCAUCUACGUUCACAUUCUCAAAGACACGCGUAUGGCUGAAGAGUACUGCCAUGGUCAUUAUGAUCCAUCAACAAAUGGCAAUAAAGAUGUGUAUCUGUCCCUGCUGCGCAUGUAUCUGUCUCCUCCGGACGUGCACUUCCUCGGGCCCAUAAAGAUGGAGUUAUGUGAGCCACAGGCAAACCUCCAGGCGGCCCUGAAAGUGCUUCAGCUCCACCACAGCAAACUAAACACCACCAAAGCCAUAAACCUGCUGCCAGCCAACACACAGAUCCAAGAGAUCCAGGUCUUUCUGGAGAGUGUGCUGGAGGAGAAGGCUGGGAGGAAGCGCUUUGACCAGGUCCUGAAGAGCCUCCUACAGGCCGAGUUCCUGCGGGUGCAGGAGGAACAUAUCUUUCACCAGCAGGUGAAGUGUGUCAUCACAGAUGAAAAAACCUGCAGAGUGUGCAAGAAGAAGAUCGGAAACAGCGCAGCUCAACCAGGCCUCGCCCAUGGACGGGCAUUAUUUAAAUGAGAUGGCACAAUAUCCAGAAGAAGCACGCUGUAGUCCAGAGGAGGCGUUUGUUGUAGUUCUUGAAAAGUAUUUUCUGUUAAAGACAAUAUCUCCCUUUGGAGUGGAC